CGCGGCGCAUCACGUGAUGCCCCCCCUUCUAGACGUCAUUCUCACGCCUGUAGACGGCAGCAGGCGUGCUAGAGGCGGAGGAGAGUCGAGGAAAGGAGAGGAGAGGCGAGUGCCUUCAUCAUCAGCAGCAGCAUGGAGCUCCGGGAGCACUGCGCUCUCUGACCGCGCGUCUUCACAACCUUUCAGCCGAGACCACUGCCCAAACGCACACAUGCAGGUUAUGCCACCCCACAGGCUGACUGCAAACCCAACGGUCAAAGAGAAGGGCUGAUCUCAGACCCCCCCCCCACACUCCUGCUGCUGUGCCCCUCCCUGUCCCCAUGGCGACAGGAGGCAAUGCCCCUGAGAAAGAUGUUUUGAUCAACCUGCAUCAGGUUCUGGCUGAGGAGGAAAAGGCUUCCACAGAAGGGCUGGAAGAUGAAGACUGGGACAGGGCUUUGUCUGUGGAGCGUUUUGGGGACAUCAUCACAGAGUCUGGCACGAAUGGUGCAGACAAAAUGGGCCGCAGCUACAAUGAAAAGGACUUUGAAUACCACCGACACACGUUCCACCACACGCACCACCCGCUGUCCACCCACCUGCCCCCACAGCGCUUCAGGAAGAGGGUGCUCAGUAUGGAGCGUCGGCGCAAGAAGAAGCGCAGGAAAAAGAAGACUUCUAUGCCACCCUCUGAUGUCACACCCACCAUCCAUGAGGUAGAUGAGGAAGAGGUGGAAUCUGAGCCAGAAGUACAGGGCCAAGACACCACACCUACUGAGCCCCCUGAACAACAGAUGCAGUUUAGCUUGGGAAGUGAGGGGCUGAUGAUGCCACCUGUUCCUCUCCCCACAUUUCACAUGGAAAAUGAAAGACCCCCAAGCCCUGAGCUACCCAUUACUAAACCCACAGAAAUACAUGAGGAGGAUUUACAGGACAAAAAGGAAGAGGAAGAAGAGGAGGAAGAUGAGGAAGCAUUAAAUAGGUUUAAUCUGCCUUUAGAGCUGGCCAGUAUCCCCACGCGGGCCUGGUUCUGCCGGAAACCUGUCCAUCGCCUGAGUGGAGCCCAGCGCACCAACUACGACCUGAGAGAACGCAUUUGCAUUGGCAGCAUGACUGCUUUGGAGACAGCCGUUUAUCAGAAAGUGCCCACAGACGAAGCCGAGGCUCAAAUGCUUGCAACUGUUGACUUGGAUGACAUGAAGAGUCACCGGUUUGAAGACAAUCCUGGAGUAAGACGACACCUGGUCAAGAAGUCAUCUCGUUGUCAGGUUACUCGGGCAAACAACGGCUCUUCUUCUCCCUCUAGCCUAAAGAAGAGGAAGAAGAUUGACAAAAAGACUCAUGAGGUCUUUGUCGAGUUAAAUGAGCUGAUUGUGGACAAAAACCAGGAGAUGCGCUGGAAAGAGACGGCUCGCUGGAUUAAGUUUGAGGAGGAUGUUGAGGAAGAUACGGAACGGUGGGGAAAACCUCACGUGGCCUCACUGACCUUUCGGAGCUUGCUUGAGCUCCGGAGGACCAUCACGCAUGGUGCCAUAAUGUUAGAUCUGGACCAGACCACACUUCCUGGAAUUGCACAUUUGCUGGUGGAAACCAUGAUCAUCUCUGACCAGAUCAGAGCUGAGGACCGUGCCAGUGUGCUACGUGCAUUACUGCUGAAACACAGUCACCCAAAUGAUGAAAAGGAUGGCCGUUUCCACCGAAACCAUUCGAUCACCAGCCUCGGUAGCUUGCGCCAUAAUCACAACCAUGUUCGUGACACGAGCCUGCCACUAGUGGCCCAGGAUCACGACACAAAAUCACCAGAGCACGACAAAGAGAAAAACCUGCACCCCGUUCCUGCAGAGGCACACACUGCAGCCAGAUCUAUGAAACUGCUGGCAAAGAUCCCCAAGGAUGCUGAGGCCACGGUGGUUUUAGUGGGCUGUGUGGAGUUUCUGGAGCAGCCUGCAAUGGCAUUUGUGCGCCUGAACGAAGCAGUUCUGCUGGAAUCGGUUCUGGAGGUCCCAGUUCCUGUGCGUUUCAUUUUUGUGCUUCUGGGCCCAUCUCAGAGUAACAUGGACUACCACGAGAUUGGACGUUCCUUCUCCACACUUAUGUCUGAUAAAAACUUCCAUGAAGUGGCCUACUUUGCUGAUGACCGUCAGGAUCUGCUUAAUGGUAUUAAUGAGUUCCUAGACUGCAGCAUUGUGAUUCCACCCUCAGACGUAGAGGGCAAGGACUUGCUAAAGACAGUGGCCUCCUUUCAGAAACAGAUGCUACGCAAGCGCAAGGAGAGAGAGAAUAAGAAAAGCCUGAGUGGAGUGGCGGGACCUAAUCAGGAGACCAAAUAUCCCAAUCAAGAUGAUCAGAUGGAUGAGGAACUAGAGGUGGAUCCGCUGAAACGCUCUGGGAUCCCAUUUGGGGGGCUGAUCCAUGAUAUUCGCCGCCGCUACCCACACUACAUAAGUGAUCUGAAAGAUGCGGUGGAUAUGCAGUGCUUUGCUGCUGUCAUUUUUAUCUACUUUGCUGCCCUUUCACCAACCAUCACUUUUGGGGGACUGCUAGGAGAGAAGACUCAAGGUAUGAUGGGAGUGUCUGAACUCAUUAUCUCGACAUCAGCAGUCGGGGUGCUGUUUUCCCUGCUGGCAGGACAGCCACUUCUCAUUAUUGGCUUUUCCGGGCCUCUUCUAGUGUUUGAGGAGGCCUUCUAUAAGUUCUGCCAGGCGCAGGGCUUCGAGUACCUCACAGGUCGAGUAUGGAUUGGCUUCUGGCUCAUUUUCAUUGUGCUGGUGAUUGUAGCGGUGGAAGGCAGCUUCCUUGUGCGCUACAUCUCGCCCUUCACUCAGGAGAUCUUUGCCUUCCUUAUUUCCCUCAUCUUUAUUUGUGAGACCUUCUCCAAACUCUUCAAGAUAUUCCAGGAACACCCACUGAUGAAAACCUAUCCAGUCUCUCCAGGCCCUCCUGUGCAUGGACAACCAGAAUCAGAAAGCAAUGUUGUAACUGAGGGUCUAAUUCUUAACCAGCCCAACACUGCCCUACUCUCCCUUGUGCUCAUGCUGGGAACCUUCUUUGUGGCCUUUUUCCUUCGAAAGUUCCGCAACAGUCGCUUCCUCGGUGGCAAGGUCAGGAGAAUUAUUGGAGAUUUUGGCAUACCCAUCUCUAUUCUUCUAUCUGUAAUAGUGGACCUCCUCAUCCCUGACACUUACACACAGAAACUGAACGUGCCCUCUGGUUUCUCGGUCACAUCUCCUGACAAACGAGGCUGGUUCAUCAGCCCGUUUGGAGACAAACAGGCCUUCCCCACUUGGAUGAUGGGAGCCUGCGUGGUUCCCGCCCUUCUCGUCUUCAUCCUCAUCUUCAUGGAGACGCAGAUCACAACGCUGAUAGUAAAUAAGAAAGAGCGUCGCUUGUUGAAGGGCUCAGGUUUCCACUUGGAUCUGCUGCUGAUUGUGAUUCUGGGUGCUAUCUGCCCACUCUUCGGCCUGCCGUGGUUGACAGCUGCCACUGUGCGCUCUGUCACCCAUGUCAAUGCUUUGACAGUAAUGAGCAAAGCAACAGCUCCUGGAGAAAAGCCUAUGAUCCAGGAGGUUAAAGAGCAGAGACUGACUGGGAUGUGUGUCGCCAUACUAGUGGGGAUGUCCAUUGUGAUGACAGAUGUGCUGCGCCAUAUUCCACUGGCUGUGCUUUUUGGUAUUUUUCUGUACAUGGGCAUCACCUCCCUGACUGGUAUCCAGCUUUAUGAGCGCAUCACACUCAUGGUGACUCCUGCAAAACACCAUCCGGAUCACAACUUUGUUACAAAAGUGAAGACAUGGCGUAUGAACAUGUUCACUAUAAUCCAGCUGUUAUGUAUUGCGCUCUUGUGGGUGGUGAAAUCCACUGUGGCGUCUCUGGCUUUCCCUUUCAUCCUCAUCAUGACCGUGCCGUUGCGAAGACUCAUCCUUACAAGGAUCUUUGAGGAGAGGGAGCUGGCAGCUUUGGACGCAGAUGAGGAUUCACCCAAUUUUGAUGAAGAUGGUCGUGACGAGUAUAAUGAGAUUCACAUGCUUGUGUAGACCCGGUGUCUGGUCACAGGAUAAACCGCCUGAAAGAUCAUAACUUUGGAUCAUGAUGAAAAAGUCCAAGAUGGUCUAAUUGACUAAUGCCACCGGAGUAGCAUGGCCCACCCACCUGAUCCCAUAAAUGAAGUGUUAUUUUGUAACAUUAUGUCGGACUGCUUUGCUUUCAAUUUUAUCCCAUACCCUUUAUUGCAUUUGACACUGAAUGUGUGCUUCACUUUCCAAAGAGUCCUACUUAGAGAAAAGUUAUGGUGGUGAAAAAAGGAUGGAGUCAGUUUGUAUUAAUUCUACAACCAUCUUUCUUCUCAUGUUCAGCAGUCAGAACAGUCGACCAAACCACAAUUUUUACUAAACAUUAAAGAGUGCAUAAGUUUUAGUGUGGAAGGAGAAAGCUUAUUCUAUGGAGAGGGUUUAAUGGAAAGUCCUGCUUGUUUUAAAAACAUAUUUUUCUGCAUUUUCACAAUAUCUUUAAAAUGAAACAUGUGUUUAAAAAAGAGAGAGAGAGAGAGAGAGAGAGAGAAAAAGCAGCCAGGGACCUCUUUAACUGCAAAAAAGAAAAUAAAUAAAUUUUACUGACCUCCUUAGCCCAGAUUUAUUUUAUGAAUAUAGUCCAGCUAUUCAAAUACUAGCCUCAUUAUUUUGAAAAUGUACAAUAAUACUCUUAAUAUUUAUUGAAGCCAUAGAGCUUGUAUAUUCCUAUACUUUUCACAAAAAAAAAUCGUUCCAAGUUGACUUUAUUUAUAGGUCAACAUGUUUUUUUAUUUUUUAUUUAAGUGGCCAGUCACAUAGGCUAACAACUACAUGGACAGCUUUGAUAAUGGCAGGUAUAUACACUGUAGGUGUAUAUAUAUAUAUAUAUAUAUAUAUAUAUAUAUAUAUAUAUAUAUAUAUAUAUAUAUAUAUAUGUGUGUGUGUGUGUGUGUGUGUGUGUGUGUGUGUGUGUGUGUGUGUGUGUGUGUGUAUACACACUGACCCUGUUAUAUAGACCCCUUUGGGAAAACUGCCAGAAAACCACUUUCUUAAAAUCGAGGUAAUUGUGCAAAAAAAAAAAAACCUACAGGCUCCCUGUAGUCUUUCCAGCACUUCAAGCAACAUUAAUGUCAAGAGAAAACCUUUUGUUUACAUUUACCUUUAACAGGCCACACACUCAUGUCUACACUGAAUGGCUUACCAGUGUAUAUGAUCACUUUUACCAAGUGAUUCUGUGGAAGGAAGAGCACAAAAAAUUUGUUUUUGGUAAAACCGAUUUGUAAAGUAAUAGCUGUAUACCCUUGAAAUACAAUUUAUAUGUGUGCUACAUUUCAAAAAAUCAAUCCUGUUUGCAGUAAUUUCACCUUAGCUACAAAUAAGUGAAAACUGGUGAAAUAUUGUCUUACAUCACUGCAAAUAAAUGACUUUAAAUGUGCAGAGAUGUGAAAUUGUCUCGAAAGUAUCUUGAAUAAAUUGAAAUGUAUUUAUGAUUGCCUGUAAGAUUACAGCAAACCCUUUUUUAAAACUCAUUUUUAGACCAGUUAUUUCUCAUUCCAAGUUUGAAAUAUUAGUGUUCUGUUCUAUUGGCAGAUCAUAUUGUUUAUGGUAAGCAUUCACUUAUAAAAGAAAGAUGUCAGAUUAUUUUCUAGUGGAAUAUCAGAAACCUUCAAAUGAAUAAAAUUGUCUAGACAAGGUUUAUAGUUAGUUUAAAUUUGGUUUGUGGUCAUUCUGUAGUUGAAAGUAUCCAAUAGAUUUGAAUAUAUUCCAGGUAUUUCCAUUUGCCAGAAUGUUUGCAAUGUGGUUUCUUUUGCAUGCUGUGUUAAUCUGUGCCCUUUGAGCAUAAAUAUUUUUAUGUCCACAUUUUAAAACACUAGUUUAUUACUGCGUGACAUGAUGGAUUUUUUUUAUACAUGACUGUUAAUAUUUAUUUUACCCAUUAAGAUGUUUGUAAAUGGCAGUGCUAAUGUCUGUCACCAUUCAAGUGACCUACAUACGAUAAGGUAUACAAUAUAUGAGUAAUAUAUGUUAGAGUAGUACAUUUUCUUCAGGUACCGGAUACUUAAUAUUAAGCAAAUGUAGUAUGUGGAUCAUCACUAUUGAUCUUCUUCAACAGAGCCUAAGUUUAUGUGAUUCAGUGCUUGCACAGCUCAACUUCUUUCACAUCUGACAGAUCUAUUAAUGACACUGUUUAAAUGUCAUGUGCUAUCAGAUAUUUAUCAGACUAGUCUCUUCUUUUGAAAAAUGUCUUGCUUUGAUGGAUUCGAUUGCUUUUAUCACUUAUAUAAAAGUCUCAUUUGCUGUCAGUUUGUCAGCCGUUAAUUAGGUGCAUCCAUGCACAUGAUAAACCUUUUUUUUUUUCGUUCUGCACCGUAGACCUUAUACAGAUGUGUAACAUGUAAUUUAGUUAUAGCACUUUCAACACACAACAUUCGUUUUAAAGACUAUACUCACACAUAAGUUAUAAGAAUAAGAUAUCUACCAAAAAAUUGGAUAAUGUAUUUAAGAACUGAACAAAUUAUGAGGCUUUAUUUAUUCUAUUUAUUCGUAAUAUUUAUUUAUUACAAGCCUUAUAUAAACAAGAGACUAACAAUCAAUUGCUUCAUAAAGCUUCAUUAUCUGAAUCAGAUGCAUUUGUAAACUACUGACAUGUGGUUAGUAUAAGAGACUGCUCUCAGCUAAGACAAUGACUUUAAAGGUUUUUUCCGAUUGACAUGACAGUACAUGACUACACACCAGUAAAAUAUUUUAGUUGUUUGCAAAAUUGACAUAAAAAAAAAAUAUUGUUGAACCCAUAAAUAUGACCUGCAAGUUUCCAUUAUUUUCGAUUGUAAUGCAUAUAAUGUAGAAAUGUGUGCUUUUCAUACAAUCAUCGCCCAUGUGUCAAGUUAACUCAAUGUCUUUAAUUCAUCUCUGAUUGUUAUCAGUCCCAAACAGACAACUUGUAUAACUCAGUGUUGCUCUGUUGUUACUAUAGUAAGAGAUAUAGUUUGUUAAAAACAAAAGGCAAACAAAUUCUUAUGAUAAGUAAUGUAUUACUCUAGCUUUAGCAAUACUGAAUACUGAGAUAAUGAUGUUAUGUGGAUAUUUUAAUAGCAGUAGAAAUGACUUACUGUACAAAAAUGUUUUCAAACCACUGUAAAACAAAGUUAUUUUUUUGUCUGAAAAUAAAUAUUUAUGAUGUGUUUCAACAUA